GUCUGAGAUGGUCAUAUGGUCUCAGCCUCCCCACGUCUCCCCACAGCCUCAGCCAAACCUUCGUCAGAUGUCUGGAAAUGCUCUUGUGUUUGGCAUGGAGUUGCCGAUCCAAAGGCCUGGCUUAGGAGCUAUCCUGUGCCACCUGUACCAUCAAGAUCAAGAUCAAGAUCAAGUAAACAAACCGGCGGGAGGCGGACAAGAGGUAGGUGGAGCCUGACUUCCUGCUGCUCAAUCAUAUCUCCAUUAAAGCUACAGAGGCCAGCAAUGACUCCACCAUGGCUCCACCUUACCGUGCUUGCCCUGGGGUGCUUGAGGGCGGGUGCGCUGAGUAAGAAUGUGGGUGAUGCUUCUUGGGGGGGCCUGUACCCACGGGAGUCGCCCACCAGGGAGGUGCGGUCGCUGGACGGGCUGUGGGACUUCCGCCUCGCCCCGCUCCUGGACCCAGACAAGGGCUUCCGGGAGCAUUGGUACAGCCAGCCCCUCAGCCAGACAGGGGCGGUGAUCUCCAUGGCCGUCCCCAGCAGCUACAACGACAUCACACAGGACAAGGCACUGCGAGAUCACAUCGGCUGGGCUUGGUACGACCGCACUUUUUACGUCCCGAUGCGUUGGCAGGAGGACAAGCUGAGGGUGGUGUUACGGCUCGGCUCGGCUCACUAUAACUCUAUCGUGUACGUGAAUGGGGUGCAGGUGGCAAAACAUGAAGGAGGUCACUUACCCAUCAUGGCAGAAAUCAGCAACCACCUCUCCUUCGUCCAAGAGAACCUGGUCACUGUGGCCAUUAACAACACCCUCACCCCCACCACCAUCCCUCAGGGCUCCAUCCACUUCCAAAACGACCCUACCAGAUAUCCUCCUGGUUACUUCACUCAGAGCUACAACUUCGACUUCACGAACUACGCAGGCAUCCACCGGCCAGUCUUCCUGUACACCACUCCCAGGACUUACAUAGAGGACAUCCUGCUCACCACAGCCAUUGACGGGACGAGUGGCAUCGUCAACUACACCAUCAUAGCGGGCAGCACUCGCAUGGGGCCGCACCGCCUGGGGAACAUCGGCUGCUCCCUGAAGGUGUUAAAUCAAGCAAGGAAGUAUGUGACCAGCGCCAUUGGGUGUCAGGGAACCAUUGUGCUGCCCAACGCUACCCUCUGGUGGCCCUACCUCAUGUCUGACGACCCAGGCUACCAGUACACUCUCAUGGUUGCGGUGUCAGGAGCAAGUGGAGACCUGGACUUGUACCCACAGAAAGUUGGCAUUCGCUCUGUUGGCUGGAACUCCACCACCCUCACCAUCAACGGGGUGCCUGUGUAUCUGAGGGGCUGCGGCAAGCACGAGGACGCCGAUAUCCGAGGGAAGGGUCUGGACUACCCGCUGAUGGUGAAGGAUUUUAGUUUGCUCAAGUGGCUGGGUGCAAACAGUUUCCGCACGUCUCACUACCCCUACGCUGAGGAGAUAAUGGACAUGGCCGACCAGGAGGGCAUCAUGGUGGUGGAUGAGGCGCCCGCUGUUGGCCUCAGUGGGUUCGGGGAGGAGCUGAUGAAGAAGCACAUGUCGGUGAUGCAAGAGCUGGUGCGGCGCGACAAGAACCGGCCAUCUGUCAUCAUGUGGAGUGUUGGAAAUGAGCCACAGUCCAACCAGGCAGCUGCUGAGGGAUACUUCAGCAACGUUACAGCCGUCACCCGCGCCUCGGACGCCACACGGCCCGUCACAUGUGUUCUCUCGUAUGACAAGAAAUCAGAGCACGCAGCCAGCAGCUUGGACGUGAUCCUGGUGAACCGCUACUACUCUUGGUACAGUGACACGGGCCACCUGGAGGUCAUACAGCUGCAGACCGUCACUGAGUUUACCGAGUGGUUCUUGCUCCACAACAAACCCGUCAUGAUUUCGGAGUACGGCGCUGGAUCCCUCUCUGGCCUCCACAUGGACCCGGCCUUCACCUGGAGCGAGGAGUACCAGGUUGAACUGAUGAUGCAAAACUUUGAGGCAUUCGACAAGCUGCGCAGCAAAGGGUUCUUCGUCGGCGAGAUGAUCUGGAACUUUGCUGAUUUUGCCACUCCACAAGGGAGUAGGCGAGUGGCGGGGAACAAGAAGGGAGUGUUCACGCGCAGCCGGCAGCCCAAGAUGGCGGCACACGUGUUGCGCUGGAGGUAUCACAGCCUGGCGGGAUCGGCACAGCAGCUUGGCAACGCGACGGCACUCUGGCGCCACAUCUUCUCUCCUUAUUAGAUUUUUUUUUUUUUUUCCCAUUUAUGAGGUUUAUUUUUAUUUAUUUAUUUUUUUAUGUAUUUGUUUUUUUUAUGAUCUGUUUUUAUUGUUAGGUUAUUGUGUCUUUUGUACCUUUUUCUUUUCUUUCUUUUUCUUUUUCUUGUUAUGUUUUCAUUGUUAAGUUUCUGUGUCCUUUUUCAUCAUUUUUUUUCUUUCUUCUAUUUAUUUUUUUAUUUUUUCAUCAUUGUUUCUGGUUUCAUUAUUUUAUUAUGGUUUCUACUUUUACUUUUGAUCACUGUAUCUUCCAUUCUUUUUUUUUUUUUUCAUAUCCAUCUAUUUUUGAAACACUGCUUUUUUUCACAUUUUAGAUUUAUUUAGUGAUUUAUUUUAUAUUUUACCUUUAUUUUAUUUAUUUGUAUUUUUUUAUUGUCUUCAACUUUUUUUAUAUCUCUAUUUUUAUAUUUUUAAAAGAUCAUGUCAGGGAUGUUGUCUCCUUGUCUUUUUCCCAGCACAUUUGUUAAUACAUUUAUAAGUGUUUUUAUGAUCAAAGGGAUUCUUGUCCUGGUUGUUCCACUUAUUAGUAUGCCAGUGUGUGUGUGUGUGUAUGUGUAUGUGUGUGUGGACAGUAUUUUUAUUACAUCACAUCCAGCAAGAAACAGUUGUCUUUUUCCACUUACUAGAUUUCUUUUUCUUAUUUUGUUUUAUUUUAUCUAUUUUUAUUUAUUUAUUUAUUUAUUUAUUUUAGAUUAUUGGCUUCUCUACUUUUCAUCUCUAUAUUUAGAUUAUUGUCUUCCCACCAACUAGAUUCCUUUUACCUUUUUUUAAAUCUAUUUUUAUCACGUCAGGGUUGUUAUGCUCCUUUUUGUUUCAUAUUUCAAGUACAUUUAUUGAUACUAAGUGUUCUAUGCACAAAAGUUUGCCAAGUGUGUAUGUACGUGUGUGCGUGUGUAGGCAGUAUUUUUGUCACCUCACAUCCAGGAAGGAACAAGACAUCCCAUAUUAAAUAACCAAUGCCACUUUGCCUCAGACUGUGAUAGUUGUGUGGCCAAACAUUGUGGAGACAGUCAGGUUGUGCAAUGAUUGUCAACACUUCAGUGAUCCUCGUGUACAGAAUACUAAAUUGCUUGCAUUAUAAUUAUCACAUCCCAAAGUUCCACACUGAUUUGUUGUAAUGGAAUGGGAUUAUUCUUGUGUGCAAUUUGGGUCACUUGUGCUUCAAUGUCACUGUUGUUCACUAUUACCAUCCCAUGUGUGAGUGAGUAAGAGAGCUGCACUUCUUGUUAUGUUGCUCCUGUAGUUUUUAAUGUUCAUAUUGUAUCAAAGGCAGUAAUUGUGUUCUUAUAUGCUGUACUUUCACUAAGACAAGUUUUUAUGUACUUAUAGAUUAAAUCACUACUUCGGUUUCUGCUCAUAAGAGAUUUCUGAUCAGGUCGACUCCAUGGCCUUGUGUUGAGACAGCUCUUAGUCUAAGCAAUAUUUUAGCACAUGUUUGGGAUUAUAUCAUACUCAUAUCUCUUAUACACUAUAAUUAAGAUUUCAUUGCUUGCACUUUCAUUAAUAUGUGUUUUUUGGGGAAUGAGAAGCAAAUUUGUAUCUUUCACUGUCAUCAUCCUGGUACUUGUUGCUUUGUCAUGAAAUUCUGCAACUGUUGAUUGUCCUACUUGAAAGACUGAGCACGUGUACUUGAUCCUGCUGUACUUCUGAUCCACCUCUUUAAAGGAUGCAAUUUUGUGACUUUUAAAGCACGAGUCAUCCAUCAGCUGGCCCGUGAGAGGCUGCUGUUUGCUGAGUGCUGUGUUUUGUGUGACCUGUAAUCCAGUGGCUGAGUGGUGCUGACUUGUAAAAGGUGCAGUGUCCUUAAGCUGUCCCAUUAAAGGAUGCUGUUUGUUGAUUCUGUUA